AUGGACUCACAUUCGAAGACGAUACCGCCAUCCGAUAAGCCUUGCACCUCUAUCCCCCCUAACCUUCUCCCAUCGGCGCCAGCGUCUCCUCCGACCCCGGCUCCUAGCCCUACUCCGCACCAACGAGUACCCUCCUGGCGAUCGUCUGAACAAGAUGAGGAUCCGCUGCUGUUUAACACCAAGUACUUCGAGUCGCUGUCUGGUCCUCGGAAACAACAAUAUUUGGAGGCUAUUCUUAGUCUAUGCAGCAGCCAGCAGCUUAGCUUUGUCUCAAGCUACGUCGCUCCGCGUCUGCGGAAAGAUCCGUUUCUAGUCUUUCCAACUGAGAUUUCUUUAAGGGUGCUCUCUUUUGUCGACGACCCGAAAACCCUCGCGCGAGCGUCACAAGUGUCAAGCCGAUGGCAUGAGCUGUUGAAUGACGACAUCACAUGGAAGAAUCUCUGCGAGCGACAUGCGUUUACUCAUCGGCGACCGGCAGAAGAUAAUCAAGAUCUCAUUGAGCCCAUUCACAACCAUCGUACGAACUCCUUAAGCGGACUGCAAAGGAGACCAAAUAGCGCUACCAUCCAGUCUCGCGAUGGCUUUGCGGACUUCCACCGGUCAUUAUCUGGAGAUUGGAGCGCCUCCUCAGCCGUACAAGCAAGGAGGCUUCGGGUUCGGCCACUUUCUUAUAAGUAUCACUUCAAGCAAAAGUAUAUGAUCGAAUCGGCGUGGAGUAAGGGCGGCAGAUGCACCCAGCGACACAUCUCGCCUGACCAGGGCGUAGUAACGAGUCUACAUCUUACCCCGAAGUACAUCGUGGCUUCGCUGGAUAAUGCUAAGAUUCAUGUAUACGACACCAAUGGAGAGAACCAGAAAACACUCGAAGGGCAUGUGAUGGGCGUUUGGGCUAUGGUUCCCUGGGAUGACAUUUUGGUCAGCGGCGGUUGUGACCGGGAGGUGAGGGUGUGGAACAUGGCUACUGGCGAGUCGAUAUACCUGCUCCGCGGCCACACGUCGACCGUACGUUGCCUGAAAAUGUCAGAUAAGAACACGGCCAUUUCCGGCUCGAGGGACACCACGCUACGUAUAUGGGAUUUGAGGACAGGCACUUGCCGCUCGGUUCUGGUCGGCCACCAGGCUAGUGUCAGGUGUCUUGCGGUCCACGGGGAUAUCGUCGUUUCCGGUAGCUAUGAUACCACUGCACGCGUUUGGAGCAUUUCGGAAGGGCGUUUUCUGCGAGCACUGUCGGGUCAUUUCAGUCAGAUCUAUGCGAUUGCCUUUGACGGCCGCCGCAUCGCUACUGGCAGCCUCGACACUAGCGUUCGGGUCUGGGAUCCAAAUACUGGCCAGUGUCAUGCUAUCCUACAGGGCCAUACAUCAUUGGUUGGACAGUUGCAAAUGAGCGGUGAUACUCUGGUUACUGGCGGCUCCGAUGGGUCUGUCCGCGUGUGGUCUUUGACUAGAAUGGCUCCUAUUCAUCGAUUGGCGGCCCAUGACAACAGCGUGACCAGUCUCCAGUUUGACAAUAACCGGAUUGUUAGUGGCGGUAGCGACGGUCGCGUCAAGGUUUGGUGUCUGCGGACUGGGCAGCUCCUUCGUGAGCUGUCGACUCCCUCAGACACGGUUUGGCGGGUCACGUUCGAGGAGGAAAAGGCGGUCAUCAUGUCAAGCAGAUCGGGCCGCACUGUUAUGGAGGUCUGGAGCUUUUCUCCGCCCCUAGAAGACAAGGAGUUCGACGCGGCAACGAUUGGCGUUUCGUCGAGCAUAUCCGAACCAACACCGGCACGCAGUAAUCGCUCACUACGACCCCUCGUACUUUCAGAUCCUCCACAUAGAAGUGAUGGUGACCAGCUUCUUCUUAAUUUGCACCUUCAGCGUUGUUGCCUCGAUUUGUUGCUUCUACGAGAUUCCCACCUCGCACCACCCGCGGGUCAGGAUUGGUCUAUAUUCACUGCCUUUAGCGUUCUCCGCUCGAUCUUCGCUUUGACCAUGAACAAGACUCUCGAAGGUGCACAAGACACCAGAUUCGAAUUGGACAACUACAAUCUGCGGAAUACGGGCUUGAUUGCGAAGUUGGCCACGCCCGUCUCCUCAAAAGCGUUCUUGGAGGCGGGUCUCUUUAGUACUUGCGACGAAGCCCUUCCAGAAUGCGGCAACUGUCGCGUGUACGGCCGGCCCUGUCCGGGCUACAGGCUCGAGUCGAUCUUUAGGAAUGAGACAUCCAAGGUCGAGCAGCUUGUCAAGAGGUCAGGGAGCUUGGUACCUUCAAGUUCUGGCAGUCAGAGAGGGCGUCGAUUCGGACGAGAUGCUAGUACCGGCCCCUCAUUAACGGUCUAUCAGGUAGCAGACUCGACGUGGGGAGAGCGAGCUCUCUGUUACUUCUUUGACCAGUAUACAUCCGGUGACGAUCCGGAUGAGGCUAUGAGCUACUUGUCGUUUCUGCCGUCUUUCUAUACAGCUUGCCGAGAGAAUGGGAUCGACAACGCCACGCCUGCUUCUACUUGUCUGCGUCUUGCUGUUGAUGCGACGGCUCUCAUGACGCUGAGCAACCAUGUUAAUGCUCCGCCGCUUGUGCUGCGUGCUAGAGAGUAUUAUGGAAGAGCGCUGAGGGGAUUACAGCAGGCACUGACUACGAAGACGCAGGCUGUCAAGGAUGAAACCUUUGCGACUAUGGUUCUGCUUGCACUAUUUGAGGAUAUCACGGGCGAGCGGAACGGGCUUGCUAGUUCUCAUGCGGCGGGGUUUGAGCUUUUAAUGAAGCUCCGAGGAGAGGAUCAGUUAGGGCAUGCGCGAGGGAGGGAUCUGUUUCACUUUGCAUAUACGCAUACGCACGUCGAAUUGCUCGCCCUCCGAGGAAGACCACAUUACAACACAGACUGGAUAGUUGAGCGCUUGAGCGGCGCCGAUCCAAUCGCGCGGCUGAUCCUCAUCGCCUCCAAGAUAAGCCAGCUGUUCCUCGCCACAUCAUCCCUCCAGGCUUCAGCGGUAGCGGCAGCUUCAGCUUCAGUGCCGGACUCUACCACAAACACGGGCACCGGCGCAACCCCAGACAGCAUCUCCCAACUCAGCCUUCUCCUCCUAACAGGCCGCCAGAUCGACCUCGAACUCACCUCCUGGAGCCAAGAUCUCCCCGAACGCUGGCUCCCACUCGUCAUCUACCCCGACAAAUCCUCCAAGUUCAACACCCUCACCGACGACUACGAACCUCUAAUCACCUACCACCACCUCUCUAUAGCCUCCGUCUGGACCUACUACCGCGCUGUCCGCAUAGUCUCGCACCUCAUCAUGCUCGAGCUGCGUCGAGCCCUUGCCGCCGCAGCAGGUACCAGCGCCUCCAUUGACGACAGUGCCAUGCCAACAGCAGCCCAAGCCACACCCGCAAUUAUUCAGAAGCAAAUCCUUGACAUCUGCCGCAGCAUCCCCUUCUGUCUGGGCGACGUCGAUAUCAAGGGGAACCGAACCACGUCACCCUCCGCGGGGUCCGAAAGAGACAGCAAGCCGCAGCCCCGCGCUCGCGCGUUCUCGGUGUACAGCAUGAUCUGGCCGCUCUGGUACAUUCUGUCCUGUGGCCUUGCGACGCCGGCUCAGGAGGACCAUAUUCGGAAUUGCCUUGCGAGGAUUGGGUCCGUGCUGGGGAUUAAGCUUGCGCUUGUGCUGGCGCAGGAUGCGGAAAGCCAGCGGCGGCCGCCGAUUAGUCUAGAGGGUUUGAUGCUUGGAGGGCCGGUCCCUGGCUACUGA